UAGUCGUCUACAUCAGAGCUUCAGACGAGUCCUCUUUCGUCCACAAGCUUCAAACACUAAAAACCCUCCAGACGACGAAGAGGCCUCGGGCAGAACCUGCUCCUCUUCAUCUUUCAGGACGCUCAUCGCCACGACAACGAGACCAUGACCAACGAGCACAACCACUCCGGCUACAUUAACGGCACGCCAUGGUUCGUGUACGACUGCACCAUCGAGCUGGACGGGGACUACCGGCGCAUCGCCCUCUUCCUGCUCUACCUCCUCAUCUUCAUGGUGGGCCUGCUGGAGAACGUUCUGGUCUUGUGGGUGAACUGGAGCAGGCGCCACUCGGCCAACGGGGUUCUCUUCUGCGUCAUCAACGUGAGCCUGUCGGACCUGAUGGUGAUUGGGAUCCUGCCCUUCUUCCUCAUGGAGGUGACCAUGGGCGAUGUUUGGCUGUGGGGCCGCUUCCUCUGCAAGGUCACCAACCUCAUCUUCGUGGUCAACUUCUACAGCAGCUCCCUCUUCCUGGCCUGCAUGACCUUGGAGCGCUACCUGUCCCUGACCCGGCCCUCGGCCCCGGCGCUCUUCCCUGUGGUGGGCCGGCGGCGCUGGCUGCUCUGCGGAGGCCUGUGGCUCUUCUCUUUUGUCCUGGCCCUGUUUGAGAACGUCCACGUGGACCUUCUGGAGUGGGACGAGCCCGGCUGCUACAUGAUGCCUGAGGAAAACUUCGAGGUGUGGUUUGUUUGCAUACACUUCCUGAACGUGCUCUUCCAGUUCAUUGGUCCGGCGGCCGUCAUCAUCACCUGCAACGUGCUGAUCGCCCGGGCGGUGCGAGCGGCUCCGGAGGUGCAGGGCCGGCGGGACGUGUGGCUGGUGCACGUGUACUCGCUGGUCUUCGUCAUGUGCUGGCUGCCCUACCACCUGGUGGUGCUCCUGAUGGUCAUCGACAACCUCGACCCCUGGAUCUUCAACUGCAACGCCAUAGAGGGCCUCUACUUCUCCUUCAGCUUGGUGCAGUGCCUGUCGCUCUUCCACUGCGUGGCCAACCCCAUCCUCUACAACUUCCUCAGCCAGAGCUUCCGCAAAAACCUGAUCAACACGGUGUUGAGCCACAUACCCAAAGAGGUGGAGCAGGUGGGAGCAGGAAACCAGCCCGGGGGUCCUAACGCCGGCGGGGGUCCGGGGGGGCAGCGCAAGCUGAGUAACGUCAGCACGAGCCAGUCUGACGUGGGAUCAUAAGAGAGAAGCUGAGGAUCGAGUCAAGAACUAAACUCAGUCUCUGAAAACCAGAGUUCACUUUCCUCUCGUUAUCCACUUCCUGUGUUUUAAUCAUGUACUUGAUCAGUUUUAAAAAGAUGGAAGCAGGAAAUGUUUGAUGUCUUUUUGUUUUCUUCUCAAAGCUGCUCAUCUCCCACAGGAAAACAUGGCGGCCUCUGAAAUAUGGCGGCAGCAGGAAUGUGUGUGUAAACACCCGACGAACGGACCAGUGUCACACGACGGAUAAAUUAAAGCAUUUAUUGUUGUGCUGUUGUUGUCUUUAAGUUCUGUUCAAAUGCAAUAAAACUCCCUUCAACACUGUUUGUUUCCAUCUGAGCUGGAAAAGAUGAGCAGCAUCUUCAGGCAGUGGCGUUUCUAUAUUAGGGGCACUGCUAGCUAGAUACAUCUGUAC